AGCCUCCCAUCUCUUUCCGGACUUAUCCGAACGUCCGAAUAGUGGCGGAAAGAACCGAGUGGCAAGUCCGCAGCGGCUCCAUUCUCCUGAACUGAUCUGAACCAGACGGGCUUCGCGUACUCGGUAACCUUCCCCCCUCCCUUACCAGAAAUAGGUAGGCGAGUGGACCGCCCCUAACCCCCCCCCCCCCCCAACAUUGCUUCCCCACCAGCCCCCCGUUUCCAGCACAGACGCACGCACGUACGCACGCACACUUAGUAACCGGGAACAAGAGAGGGAGGGCUAUGAGAGGAGGGGGUGGGGGGGGUCUGAGGCUCGAGCUGAGCUCCGAUUAGCCACAGGGGUGAAAGAAAAUUAACAGGGAAGCCAGCGAAGAAGCGAGCGAGCGAGCGGGCGGGCGGGCAUCGUGGAAGCGCAAAGACAUCGCAGGGGAACUGACGGACAGACGGACAGCGCGAGCUGGGAAACGAACAAGCCACCGACCGACGGACAGACAGAACGACAGAGCGGCGCCCGCCAGCGAGCAGAUGGCCGAGUAGGUAAAUAGCGCGCCGUUAUGUGCAGGUGAAGAAGAUGGCUUUGGGGUAAUUAGGAGACCACCACAGACCUCCCAGGGAGACCUCCGAAAACGAUAAUUAGAUGGCCGGAGAGAGGAGUGCCAACGAGAUCACACUUCAGCUGCUAGAGAAUCAAGGAGAGAAAGGCAGGGGCCGAGAGGCAGAAGAAGAGCAGGCGACGCCACAGAGGGAAGCCCUUGCCGCCCGUGAUUCUCCCUGUCCAGCCUAGCGUUCCUCCGCCAGGCGAGCGCCCGUCCGUCAGCCUGCUUGGACCGAGACCUAACCUCCACUACCAGUACUUCCAGUUGUUCUGGGUAAAUGGUUGUGCCGGCUCGCCAUGGUUUGGUGUGAGAAGGGAAUCCAGAUCCUCUUGACGACAGUGGGAGCAUUCGCCGCGUUCGGCUUGAUGACGGUGGCCAUCGGCACAGACUACUGGCUGUACGCCAGGGCCUUCAUCUGCAACAGCACGGCCAACUCGAGCACCGACGACGCACACAGCAAAGACCGAAAGGACCCAGGAGCGCUGACCCACUCCGGCCUCUGGAGGAUCUGCUGCUUAGAAGGGCUAAAACGAGGAGUCUGUAUGAAGAUCAACCACUUCCCUGAAGAUGCGGACUACGACCAUGACAGUGCAGAGUACCUGCUCCGUGUGGUCAGGGCAUCCAGCAUCUUCCCCAUCCUCAGUGCCAUCUUACUCCUGCUGGGGGGAGUGUGCAUCGCCGCCAGUCGAUUCUACAAGAGCAAGAGGAACAUCAUCUUGGGAGCCGGGAUUCUCUUUGUGGCCGCUGGUCUGAGCAACAUUAUUGGGGUGAUUGUGUACAUCUCAGCCAGUGCUGGUGACCCUGGCACAAAGAAAGACGAGGACAAAAAAUGGCACUACUCCUAUGGCUGGUCAUUCUACUUUGGUGGACUGUCCUUCAUCCUGGCGGAGAUGAUUGGAGUGCUGGCAGUGAACAUCUACAUCGAGAAGAAUAAGGAGGCUCGCUGCCGAUCCCGAACUGACCUCCUCAAGAGCACUUCUGCCAUCUUGCGCCUCCCCAGCUAUCGCUUCCGGAAUCGCUCACGCUCUAGCUCACGCUCCACAGACCCUUCGCAUUCCCGAGAUCCCUCGCCGGUCGGUGUGAAGAACUUCGGCCUGCCCGCUUCCCUCCUUGCCUCUUCUGGCCUGCAGAGCGCUCAGCUUUCCCAACUCCAGAACCAGCAGCAGUUGCCUCCAGUGCAGGGGCCCAUCUCAGUAUCUACCCUGCCGAACCCCCACACUGUUUCCUCUGUGGGUGGUGAAAUUAACAUGUAUACUUUGUCCCGGGAUGCCAAGCUGGCAGGUUUAGGGGGAGUUGGGGUCGGAGGGGUGUCGGCCGCUCCCCUAUAUGGCACGGUUGACCGGGCCACUUUCUUUCAGGUUCACAAUUGCUUUCCAAAAGAUCAGCAAGCUGCACAGCCACAGAGCGAAAGACCGACAGCCCCCAUUGACACAGGAACCUUGCGUGCCAACACUGGCACUCUAGGGAGAGAUGUAGGGGGUUUGGGGUUGGGUACCAGCACUAUUGACAGACAGGCUAAGGAGAACUCCAACACUAAUACCCUAAACCGGAAGACAACCCCAGUCUGAGGCGAGCGAGGGGGCCGCAUCGGACUGGGAGUAGGCCACACUGGGCUAAAGUUGGUAGGGUUUGCGAAGGCCGAUUCCAGUGGCUGUUGUGAAUAUUUGGGCUAAAAUGCUGACUGUUUCCUCUCUCUUUCUCUUCCUUUUCGCUUCUCUCCUUCUCUGACGGCUCCCUCACCCGUUACCCUCACCCCGGUUCCUUCCAUUUCGCACUUGGGAGGGGAUUUCAGGGCGGAGCUUAUCAUUUAUGUUGACUAAAUAGAACUCCUAACAAGGAACUUCUUUGUAAAUUCUCAUUGCGACUAGUAACCCUCCCUUCAUUGGGAGCAAUAAGGAGAAGCUCCAGGUCGUAUCUGAAGGACUGGGUCCCACAUCCAAAUCUGAAUGUGCACUGUCCGCAUUAGUUGCGAGUCGCUGCUGCAGGCCUCUUGGAAAUCGAGAGAAGCUUGAUGAUGUUUAAGGGUGGACACCACAGAGCAGCAUGCCUUAAAUGCUAACCCUUGUGGGCUACUGAGAGAAUCCUGUGGAGAUAUGAUCGGGGCAAAUUCUCCUUCCAGGCCACGGCACUGGAAAGUUUCAUGGAUUGUGAUGCUCCAACGGAAAAGUCGCCGGACAGAAAUACUAUUAAUAAGCUCUACCUGGCAGCAUGAGACUUCAGUGUGAGUGUGCCGUAUGAUAUGGGCGUCCUGCUUUGAAGUUGGGAAAGUACCACUGCAGACCUUCAUGGAGCCCCCUUCAGCAAAUCGUUGGGCUUUCCAAACAAGACAAGCUUUUCCACGGAAAGAUGACAGUGUGGUCCACUGAGGUCUCUCCCAUAAUCUUCAUCUGAAUCUUUAACUGAGUGUCAAGAGAAGGGGAUUGAGAUCAUCAGAUGUGCUGUAUAUGAAAAAUAUUUAAAGAAGGUUGCUUUAUGUUCUGCAUAGAUCUGGAAAAAUCUAAAGAGAGACAUGAAGUCCAUGAGCCAGCUGGCAGCCAGUCUUCAAAAAAGAGAUCAAUAGCUUUUCUUCACAAUGAUUAAAUGCUUCUACCAAGGUUUUCCUAAAAAAACUCCAUUAGUUGUUAAGCAAACUGUGAAAAUGGUCUCCAGAACUUCUACUGUGAAUGGACCAACUUCUGGUAAACUGAGAUCCUCUACUAAUGGUUCAGUUGAGAGCAAUAGACAUGAAGGAUUAAAGAUUUGGGGUCUGUUGAGAGAAGAUCCUCAGACAUCAAGUAUUUCCUGAACUAAGCAAACCUGCAUGUCCUCCAGUCAUCAAUCAUCCAAAGGGAACACUUUAGAUCAAACAAACUCUAUAUAAUUAUAUAACUAAAUUCCUCGGGAAAAUUGUGCCAGUCCUUAAGCAAACCAGGGAAAGGCUAGACCAAAGCCUCCCAGUGUUUAGUAGAUGUGUUUAAUUCAUAUGAAAUGAAGAUCAAGGUGUGCAUAGAUCUAAGCCUGAGGAAGGUAGACUUGAGAUCUUUAAAGAGAAGGUCCUCAGUAUUUACCCUUGAGUGAUCCAGUGAUUUAUGCUAUCAAAUUUAAAAAAGAUCUACAGCUUUCCCACACUUAGGCUAGAACAUGGAAAAAUAGUUUUUAAAAAUCCUCAGACCAGCAUAAUUUCUUAACCCAGAGAAAGUUUAGCAGAAGAUCUCCAAAUGUUCUGUAGGUGGAUCAAAUUCAGAUCAAUGGAGAUCUUCACCUCUAGAGAUCUAAAUUUCAGAAAGAUAGACUUGGCAUCAAAUGAGAAAAGAUCCUCGGACACCAAGCAUUUUCCUUCUUAAAACAAUCCUGUAUGUUCUCAAAUGGUUAGUCCACUAGCAGAUGAAACUUCAGAUCAACAGCUUUUCCAAACCAAGAUAGACUGCUUUACACCAAGAUUCCCUGGAAAACCUCAUUAGUCCUUAACGGAUCAUCUUUUUAUUGUUGUCCGCAUAUUGAUCUGGCAAAAGUUUACACCGGAUGCCCUUUCUGACGUAACUCUCCCCAUUUAUCCGGGCUUGGGACCAGCAUGAAGAAACACGCUGGAUUGUGCAUCCCCUGUGGCUGGGUUCUCAUUACUCCUUAAGUGAACUUGGAAAAAGGGUUGGAUCAAGGUACCUUAAAGUUCUCUAAAUUUUUCAAAUUGUUCAAACACUGAGAUGUUCUGCUAAUAAUAAAAUCAAAACGUGCAAAGAUGGGAUCUUGGGAAUGGUAGACACGAGAUCUACAAGAGAGAUGAGAUCUACAAGAGAGUUGAUCCUCAGAAACCAUAGACCCAAGAUCUACAGAGAGAUGACCCUCAGAAACCAAGCAAUUACUAUCAUAAAUAGACUUUUGUGCCCUCCCCGUGAUCAACCAUUAGAAGUUCUAGACUUCAUAUUUAUUAGACUAGAUCAUACUUUGCCAAGAUUCCAUGGAAAAACUUUUACCACUUCUUACGUAUACCUGGUGAAAUGCAUAUCUUCUAAAUGUCUGCGGAUGGAUCAAAUUCUUCUAAAUAUAGUAAAAUUUCAGUUCACAUCUCUUAAGGUCAAAUCCCAACAAUGUUAAACCUGGAAUCUACAGUGGGGAGAUCUUCAAACACAAAGUAGUCACCCAUUUUUUAAACAAGCCCUUGUGUCUUCCAUUGGUCAGCGCUCAGAAGAAUUAGAAGUGCAAUCUACGGCUUUUCAAAACUAAGUUUAGGCCUUGGUGCCACCAAGAUAAUCAAAUAUAAUUACAUUUUGUCCCUACUUGAGCCCUGAGAAAGUCUGGUUGAGGUUCUCCAACUAGUUCAUGAACUCAUCAAGUUCAGGUUAUUAUAGGUCUCCUCAUAUUUUUUUAGUUCUGGGCUUUAGGCCACACCUAAAGCUGGGAAAGGUAGAAUUUGGGCAAUAAAUAGUCACUUUCUGACAAAAGCCCUUAUGUCUUCCAGUGGUCAGUCCUCAAAAGGAUAAAACCUCUGAUGUACAGCUUGUUUAACAUGAAGUUCAUCAAAGUUCCUCAGAAAAAUCAUGCUAGCCCUUAGAUGACCUCCGAGAAGGACUAGAUUCAGGUCUCUAACUGAUAGAUUUAAGGGUAAUGGAUGUCUCUGUGAUUAAUAUAAUCGAGGUUGGCAAAUCCCCGGGUUUGUCAGUGAUUGACACUCUCUGCAGCUACAACUGUCCCAUGAUAAGCCUAGGAUUUGGUCAAACUUAAAUUCUUCUAAUAGUGAACUUCAAAUGAGUUUCAAGCAGGAUCUUAGACUCUUCUGUCAGAUAGAUCUGAUUCAGGUUAAUGUAGAUCUCCAUACAUUAGGAAGUUUUGGCCAACAGAAAGCUAAACUUGAGAAAGAUGAGCUUCGGAGCUCAAUAGAGAAGAUCAUUGGACACAAAGUGUUCUCUCUUAUAAACAAAUUUGUGAGUUCUUCAGUGAUCAAUCCUCAGAAAAAUGAGACUUCAGAUCAGUAGGCUUUCCACAAAGGCUUGACCACAUUCCAGCAGGAUUUCUCUGAAAAGCAGCCUCAUUCCUUAAGUGAAACGUGCAAGUAAAAUCGAGGUCUCCAAAUCUUCAAUGGACAAAUGAAAUUCACCUUGAUUGAGAUCUCUGUAAGACAAUUUGGGUGUGCAAAGAUAUAUGCAUAGGAUCUACUGAGAAAGAUCUCUGAGGAUGAAACUCUCCCUCUUUUUUAAAUUCUUUAGAAAUGAAAUAAGAAACACGAGAUCAUUGGAUUUUCCAUACUGACUAGAGAAACAGGAAGAUUAUGUCAGUCUUUCAGAGAAGCACUAGAUCAAGUUCUCAAAAUGUUCACUAGGUAGAAUGAGUUCAAUUUAGCGAGAUGUUUCUGGACGAUACUAUCCUAGGCAGGCAAAGAGGCAACCAUGAAAGAGGUGCUCUUGUGAUCAACACACAGAGAAAAUUUCCAAAUUUAUGGAUUCCAAGUCAAGAGUCCAAAGACCUCCAAUCAACAGUUUGGAUUUCAUAGCAGACCAUAUGUGAGGACAACAGAUGUCACAUACUCGGGACUGGCCCACAGCCUGAGGUGUUCUAACCAUACAAAAUGGUUUUAAGAGUUAAAAAGGGGGUAAAAUUCCUCAUCCCAUAGCAGAUCAUCUUAACUGCUUGCCAGCAGACGAUUGAGUGGACCCCCUAAAUUUCAGACAUAGUUAUCUGAAACUCCUCACUGUGACAGGUAAACCUUUCUUCAAUCCGACCCUAGAAGCAAUGACAUGACAUUAUCCAAAAAUGUCGAUUGGCUGACUUUAUGACAUAAAUUCCUGGAAGUAGCUCAUAGUCUUCGGCCAGUUCUCAUCUAUGUUCUUUUACCAGCACCCUCACUGAGUGGUGGAUCCCACUCACCCCCACCAUCAACUAGUCUUCAUUUGGGAUCAAGAAUAGCUGCUUUGGUCAAUCACGUUAUUGAUGAAGAGGCAUUAGAGCAGAAGCAGAGGAGGCAACCCUCACUAAACUCUGGACCACGGGAACCAAGGGACCUGUCAUCUGUGCUCUGAAGGCAGCUGGCCAUAGAGCUGGUGCACAGGAAGACUUGGGCACAUUUCACACAGGAGAUCUUUUUGUUCUUUUCACAUUUUUUUUUAAACAUUCAAGCCUGGACUCCUUACCUCAUUCUUGAGAAGUAGAGCUCCUUCCUCUCUGAUACACCUCAUCAGCUGAGGAUCUGGCGGAAUCAUUCGUGGCCGUCUCGAUAUUGUCUUUUGUUUUUUUUCUUGGUCAUUGCUUUUCUUUUUUUGAUUCCUCGUAGAUGUUAUGGCGCACACACACACACACACACACUUGCACACCUUUAGGAAUAUUUUUUUGCAUUUAGUGUAUUAGAGAAUGGUGUAGCUUUGAAACUUGAUGGGGCAAUUUGGAAAAUUACGGAUUUCCAGUUGGAAAGGUGAACUGAAACGUAAGACACACGGGAACACAGCGGCACACUGACUCUCAUUUUCUCGUAAUUAUCGACAGGCAUUCCACCAUCUUUACCCAACCACUGCUGCUUUUCACUUAACAUUUAAUCCCUGAUUUCCUUUUCAUCGGCUACUUGUAGAACAAGCCCUAAAAGUUUUUCCAGCCCCUUUACCGGACCUACGUGUCUUCCCCUGUAUGAUUUCGACAUUCUCAGGUUGGAGUCCCUGGCGACUGCAAGGGGGUGCUGUUGCCCAGCCCGUCUUCAAUGGCCACUUCUUUGCAGGCCAUGAAACUCCUCCGGUCUCAUCUGCUCAGGGCAGCUUCCAUUUGUAAAGCCCUCGGCAGCGUGGCUCACAUCCACUACCGGCAGUUUGGAAUAACUAGAAGGAAAAACCCGAAAGUGGCUCAAAGCCUUUCAGAGAGUUGGGAGGUCCUUCAUUUUGGUCCUACAAGGUGCGGCGUCACAACCCCUGUGAGUUCCCGUUUAUCUAUCAGAUUCUGAAAUCUUUCACCUUCCCCCUCACAUGAGACCCCCUACAGUUCACCUUUAUUAUUUGAUUCCCAAGCUGGAAGCAAAUGGUGUGAAUCCCCGGGAUUUGGGUUUGGCUUUCUUUUAUGAGCAGACGUGGGCAGGCUCAGGCAGAAACGGGCACAUGUACAGAUGUGGAUGGGCAUGCCGCUCUUGGUGGCCAGUGCAAUACGUGAGGGAGUUGAGGACCUUUCUUGUUUUUUUGGUUUGCUAAAUGAGAAGAGAGCGGAUAGUCAAAGUGCACCGAGGGGGAGACACCUUUACUUGAUGAAACAAAUGGAAAAAAUAUUUAAUUAUGUGAAAUAUAAUUUAUUGAGUACAAGUGAAACUGACUACAGAGAUAUUUAAAAAAGAAUUAAUAGUAUAUAUAUAUAUAUAUAUUUAUAUAUAUAUUAUAUAUACUGUAUAUUUAUAUAUGUGUGGGUAUAUACAGUAUGUAAAUGUACAUACACACAUAUCUACAGAAAACGAUAAAUGUAAUAAAACUGACAACAAUCAGCUGUCCUGCAUGACUUUAUGACUUUUUAUCAAAUGCAUUUUUUUUUGUUUCAGAAAUAAAUGUCUGUCUGAACAGG